AUGAUAUCAAUUGAGUGAAGUGAAACAGUCAGACAAAACAGGUGGAAGGGAGUAUGUAAUUAGUCUACCAACCACGCAAUGUCGCCAAAACUUAGAAUUCUUGUCAUAGUUUUCUCACUUGCUUUUGGGUUAAUAUUGAAAAUUCUCAACGAAAACUUGGCAUCAGUUGAACGACCUAAACUACCAACCAACCAAUAUUGGGGUGAAGGUAAAGCUCCAAAUGAUUAUGAUAAACCAAAAGAUCUUCAAUUAGUAAAACCAUUUUUUGCUGAUAAAAUCAUUGAAGACCUAUCAAGUCGAAUUGGAGCUAACAAAGUUUCCCUAACUCCUCCAUUAGAAGGUGUUAAUUUUGAAUAUGGUUUCAAUACUAACUAUUUGAAGGAGAUUUUGAAAUAUUGGAAAGACGACUAUCUACCUCGAUGGAGGGAACGAGAGAUUUUUAUUUGGCAACUUCCUCAAUACGUUACCCUAAUCCAAGGGCUUCGAUUACACUACUUGCAUCUUAAGAUCUAUGAAGAUGUCAAAGAAGUCAAACAAAUGUAUCCUAUUCUUCUUCUUCACGGAUGGCCAAGUUCAGUAAGAGAAUUUUAUGAACUUGCACCAAAGUUAUACGAAGGCAGUAAUGAAAGUAAUAUAGUUUUUGAUAUUGUUGCGCCAAGUUUACCAGGCUUCGUAUGGUCUCAGGGAGCUUCAAAAAAAGGUAUGGGACCAGCUCAAAUUGCAGUAAUUUUACGUAAUCUCAUGCUUCGACUUGGAUAUAAGAAAUUUUUCAUCCAUGGUAAUGAUUGGGGUUCAGUAAUUGGCUCUCAUAUUGCAACCCUCUUCCCGGAAAAUGUUCUUGGAUAUCACUCAACAACUUGUACUAUAAACACACCUUUAUCGAAUCUUAAACUCUUUAUUGCAAGCUUAAUGCCAUCUUUUUAUCUUGAAGAAGUACAAAAGGAUUUUUUCUUUCCCUUAUCGAAGACUUUUUCAAGCCUUUUCGAAGAAACCGGUUAUACUCACAUUCAAGCAACUAAACCAGAUACAAUUGGAAUAGCUCUCAGCGAUAACCCAGUUGGAUUAGCUGCAUAUAUUAUAGAGAAAUUCUCAACAUGGACUAAUGGUACAUUCAAGACAUUGGAAGAUGGUGGACUAUCUCAAAAAUUCAAACUAGAUACUCUGCUUGACAAUAUUAUGCUUUAUUAUCUAACCAAUUCGAUAACAACAUCUCAAAGAAUGUUUGCUGAAGCUUAUUCUAAAGAACAACGUCAAUUGAAUUUAGAUCGAGUUACAACUCUUGUUCCAACUGCAUGUGCACGUUUUAAAGGAGAUCUACCUUAUCAUUUUUCUAUGGAUUUUCAAUUGAUAAAUAAAUAUUUGAAAUUAGUUCAGAGUACGUAUUAUAAUAAUGGAGGACAUUUUGCUGCUUUGCAGGAACCUGAUUUACUUUAUAAGGAUAUUAUUGAAUUUGUUAAAAAAGCUGAGAAAUAUAUGGUUUAACUGUAA